GCUCGGACUGUUCCAAAUGUAAGCUAUCCAAGCCCUCCUGAUGCUCUCUGGACGCUCCAGCUUACCAACCCUGAUGGCGACCUCUACAAGCCUGACUCAGAGUGCCUACACUGGCUUAUAACCAAUAUUCAUGGGAACGACUUGAGCAGUGGGACUGAGGUGGUACCUUACUUACCACCCGUCCCACCCAAAGGUGUUGGCUACCAGCGCAUGGUGUUUGUUCUGUACAGGCAGAGCGCGCCUCUGCCAGAACUGCAGCAUCUUAAACCUAAGGAUAAUUU